GCCGCUGCCGGAGCCGGCGAUUCGGCUUCUGCGGCGUCCCCGCUCGGCCCUUCUCUCCAAGUCCUCUCCUCCUUCGCCGAUCAGAAUAAUAGAAGAAUUGUCCUUGCUCUGCAAAGUGGACUGAAGAGUGAGGUGACAUGGGCUUUAAAUGCUCUUACCUUGCUCUCCUUCAAAGAAAAGGAUGAUCUUCGCCGAGAUGCAACACCCCUUGCUAAGAUCCCUGGACUGCUAGAUGCUCUCCUUCAAGUUAUUGAUGAUUGGCGUGACAUAGCUCUUCCUAGGGACUUCACAAAACCAGCGAGGGUAAGAACGCUGGGUGCAAAUUCGACGGUUACAGGGUUUGGUUAUGAGUAUGAUACAACAAGCUCGACUGACAUUCCCUCUAAUCAAGGUCCUGGAAGUGAUUCUGGGAAAGCAGAUGCGUUUACUCGCAAAAAGAGGCAUUCGGUUGAGUGGUGGUUUGAGGAAGAUGGCUUGUUUAAUGUGGACGAAGAAGGUCGAGCAGAAAAACAGCAGUGUGCUGUUGCUGCCUCCAAUAUUGUUCGUAACUUCUCUUUCAUGCCAGAGAAUGAGGUUGUUAUGGUCCAGCAUAGGCAUUGCCUGGAAACGAUAUUUCAGAGCCUUGAAGAUCAAAAUACAGAAGAUGAGGAACUUAUAACCAACAUGCUUGAGACAAUUGUCAACUUAGCUCCAGUGCUGGACCUGCGAAUAUUCAGCUCUAACAAGCCAUCUUAUAUAAGGAUGACUGAGAAACGUGCUGUUCAAGCUGUUAUGGGAAUGCUCGGAUCGUCAAUCAAGGCAUGGCAUUGUGCAGCUGCUGAAUUGCUCGGACGCUUGAUAAUAAAUCCUGACAACGAACCGUUUCUUCUUCCUUCAGUACCGCAGAUCUACAAGCGGCUAGUCGAUCUGCUGAGUUUACCAGCAGUAGAUGCACAGGCGGCUGCAGUAGGGGCACUCUACAACCUCACUGAAGUGAAUAUGGACUGCAGGCUGAAGCUCGCCAGCGAACGAUGGGCCGUUGAUCGGCUCUUUAAGGUCGUGAGGGCUCCGCAUCCCGUACCAGAGAUCUGCAGGAAAGCGGCACUGGUUCUGGAGAGCUUGGUCUCGGAGCCUCAGAAUCGGCCUCUGCUUCUAGCUCACGAGAGCACCUUUGCGGAGAUACUGAUGUCAGAUGGAAAACAUGCUGAUACCUUUGCUCGUAUACUAUACGAGCUUACAUCGAGGCCGAACAACAAAGCAACAACAGCCCGCGGCGUUUGGGGAAUGUGAGCUUAUUCUCAAUCGAGGCUGGAGGAUUAAGUUGCAGUAAAUGCGUUCCUGUGAUUAUCGGGACUUGGUUUUUUCUGACUGAAAAAGAUACGGGAAAAAGAAAAAAGAAGCAUAUGCUGAUUCUCAUGUAGAUUGUUAUGGCAAAUGUUGUUACAUUAUGUAAUCUUUUAUUGAUUUCUGACGAUGUUAUAGUCGAAUGUUACCUUAAAUUUGGGAGUGAGGUCGGAUGUUGCUUACAUCUAAGUACAUACUAACAAUGUAUUCAACUAGAGGAAAGCUUAUUUUCUUAUUUUGCUCCUAUUGAUCUUGUAAUCUAUCCUGAAACCAAUGAACCAACUUGUUAUUCUCAGCGUCUAAAUGUUUCGAAAUAAA